UAUAAAAAAGCAAACGCUCAUCGCCUCACACAUCAUGUACAUCUAGGGAUGAACUAAAAGAGAAGCUGCAAUCUUUUCUGUGGAGAGUUUUGCAAAAGGCUGCCUGCCUGCCUGCCUGCAUCUGUAUCAUCAUCUGAUCUGUAAUCGAUCUCCUCCAAUAUUGUUUCUCCAAAGUUUGUUGUCAAGUUUCUCAGAGUUUUGCAUCCAUAGAAUUAGGGAUACUCUCCGAUGGACAACGUUCCCGAGCGAACAAUGGAGAAAACGCCAACAUGGGCUGUGGCGGUGGUUUGCUUUGUGUUGAUCGUUAUUUCAAUCCUCAUCGAGCAUAUUAUUCAUGUUGUUGAACAUUGGCUAAAACACAGAAACAAGCGAGCUCUUGGCGAAGCGCUUGAAAAGAUCAAAGCAGAGCUUAUGCUAUUGGGAUUCAUAUCCUUGCUCCUAACGGUUUUGCAAGAUCCCGUUUCUGGCAUGUGUAUAUCAGAGAGCAUUGGAGACACUUGGCAUCCCUGCAAACCUGGGAAAGGUAACAAAGAGAAGGAAGGUCGGAAACUGCUCCAAUUUUUGGAAUCUGGCUUCAGUGAGAGGCGAAGGUUAGCAACAAAAGGAUAUGAUAGUUGCGCAAAAGAUGGUAAAGUUGCCUUUAUGUCUGCGUAUGCGAUUCACCAGCUCCAUAUAUUCAUCUUUGUCUUGGCCGUUUUUCAUGUGCUUUACUGCAUCAUCACCUUGGCUUUGGGCAGAACCAAGAUGAGAAAAUGGAAGGUUUGGGAGGACGAAACACAGACACUUGAAUAUCAAUACCACAAUGAUCCAGAUAGAUUUAGGUUUGCAAGGGAUACAUCGUUCGGACGAAGACAUUUGAACUCUUGGAGCCAAUCACCAAUUACGCUUUGGAUGGUGUGUUUCUUCAGACAAUUCUUGGGAUCAGUUACCAAGGUUGAUUACCUUACACUGAGACAUGGAUUUAUCGCGGCACAUCUGGCGCCCGACACUGAAUUAACCAGAUUUGAUUUUCAAAAAUACAUCAACAAAUCACUUGAACAGGAUUUUGUAGUUGUGGUAGGGAUCAGUCCUAUCCUAUGGUUCUUUGCGGUGUUAUUCCUACUGUCCAACACAUAUGGAUGGUAUUCUUAUCUAUGGCUGCCAUUUAUCCCGUUGAUUAUAAUCCUCUUGGUGGGUGCGAAGCUACACAUGAUCAUUACAAAAAUGGGACUGAGAAUACAAGACACAGGGGAUGUGGUUAAGGGCACACCUGUGGUGCAGCCAGGUGACGACCUUUUCUGGUUCGGACAUCCUCGCUUCAUUCUCUUUCUCAUUCACCUUGUUCUCUUUCAGAAUGCAUUUCAACUGGCCUUCUUUGUGUGGAGUAUGUAUGCAUUUAAAGGCGUGAUUAAUUGCUUCCAUCAGCGCCCCGAAGGUAUCGCUAUCAGAGUCUCAUUGGGGGUCAUCAUACAGUUUCUGUGCAGUUAUGUGACUUUGCCUCUCUACGCUCUAGUGACUCAGAUGGGCUCUACAAUGAGGCCCACCAUCUUUAAUGAUCGAAUGGCCAAGGCGUUAAAAAAAUGGAGUCACAGGGCAAAAAAGAAGAAGCAUGGCCAUCACGAUCAUUAUCAUUCAGAGGGCAAUUCACCAUUUUCAAGCAGACCAGCGUCUCCAACACACGGAAUGUCCCCAGUUCACCUCUUGCACCACCAUCACAAUAGAAGCCUUGACAACUUGCAUACAUCUCCCAGAAAGUCCGAUGCUAAUGAAAACGAUCAGUGGGACAUGAGAGAAAUACCAUCCAUAUCCCCAGGGAACCGAAGGAGAGUACUCGGUGACUCUCAUCAUUAUUUCAGCUUGAGUACUAGGCAUUCUAAGCAAGAUGUCAUGAUCAGGCCAAUUGACGAUGAUCUUCCAGAUCUGGAGCCAAGCUCAUCAUCGCCUCCGCAACCGGAAUCAGCCGUUCGUACUCAACACGAAAUCGGCAUGUCUGAGCUCUCAUUUCGCAAAUCAGGAUGAGCCAAAUUAAUAAGGAGAUUCUUCAUGACUACGUCAUACGAGAAUCUAAUAAUUCCUAUUAUAUAUGUGUUGUACCAAAGUGUACAUGUUCUUUUGUGUACAUGAUCGUGAGCAGCAAUUAUGUCAGAGGUUGAUUAAUUAAUUCAAGCAUUUCUAUUUUAGGAUUUUAUUUUGAAUGUU